CUAUCUUUCUCAAUUCUCACUCUCCCUUUUCUCCCAUCCACUCCCACCAAACUUCCCAUACAAGUGUUUAAUGCAUCAUCCGGAUAUGUCCGUCCCCUUAUAUACUUCUCUCGCCUUUAUCUCUUCCUACUGACACGGUAGGAACACGCACCCUCCAAAAAAACUGUCUGGAAUCUGUCUGUUUAUAGCAGCAGAAAGUGUAUGAAAAAAUAUCGCAGAUAAUUCGGAUUCAUCUUCCCCGAGAGAUCUGGAAGUGAGAUUUGGGGGGGGGGGGGAUGGGGAGUUACAGAGUGUGCAUUUGUUUCACGAGGAAGUUUAGGGUAAAGGAGGCGGAGCCGCCGGCUGACGUGAAGGAGGCGUUCAGGAAGUAUGCGGAGGAAGGGGCCCACAUGAGCUCCGAGCAGCUGCGGCGGUUCCUGGCGGAGAUGCAGGGAGAGUCGGAGGCCACAGCCGCCGAUGCCGAGGAAAUCGUCCAGAAAAUCCUCAGCAAACGCCAUCCGUUCUCCAAGCUAACCCGCCGCACUCUCACCCUCGACGAUUUUCACCAUUUCCUCUUCAACGUUGAACUUAAUCCCCCUUUCAUCUCUAAGGUUCAUCAGGACAUGAAUGCUCCCUUAUCCCAUUACUAUAUAUUCACGGGGCAUAAUUCAUACUUGAAAGGAAAUCAACUCACUAGUGAUUGCAGUGUUAUUCCGAUAAUCAAUGCACUGAAAAGAGGUGUAAGGGUCAUUGAACUUGAUAUAUGGCCUAACUCGGCAAAGGAUGAUGUGAUUGUUUAUCAUGGAAGGACAGCGACAACCCCUGUAGAACUCAUAAGUUGUCUCAAGUCAAUAAAGGAAAAUGCAUUUGUUGCAUCUCCCUACCCAGUUGUAAUAACACUGGAAGAUCACCUUAAUACUGCUCUUCAAGCUAAAGUAGCUGAUAUGAUUACACAAACAUUUGAAGAUAUGCUCUACACUACCAAAUCAGAAUGUUUGAAGGAGCUCCCUUCACCUGAGGAACUUAAACAUCGUAUUAUCAUUUCAACAAAACCUCCGAAGGAAUACCUUGAAUCUAAGUCUAUCAAAGAAAGACCGGAUGGCUCACUUAGUAGAAAGGAUUCUGAUGAUGAUACCUGGGGUGCUGAGCCAUCCACGUUAACAGCCAAUCAAGAAGACAGCAAGCAGAGUGAAGUUAAUACAAGCAAGCACAAUCAAGAUUGUGAGGAUGAUGAGUCUGGUGAUGACUCUGAUCAGAAAGGAAAUGCCUACAAGAACUUGAUUGCUAUACAUGCUGGGAAGCCCAAAGGAGGGUUAACUGAGGCAUUGAAAGUGGAACCUGAUAAAGUGAGACGCCUCAGUCUAAGCGAGCAAGCUCUUGAAAAGGCUGCUGAAUCUCAUGGAACUGAUAUUGUCAGGUUUACGCAGAGAAAUAUUCUUAGGGUAUAUCCUAAAGGUACUAGGUUUAACUCCUCCAAUUAUAAACCUCUAAUUGGAUGGAUGCAUGGUGCUCAGAUGGUUGCAUUUAAUAUGCAGGGAUACGGCCGGUCCCUUUGGUUAAUGCAAGGGAUGUUCAGAUCGAAUGGAGGGUGUGGUUAUGUCAAGAAGCCAGAUUUCCUUGUGAAGGGGGGUUUUGACCCCAAGGAAAAACUGGCUCCAAAGAAAACCUUAAAAGUGAAAGUAUAUAUGGGAGAUGGAUGGCACUUGGACUUUGGACAAACUCACUUUGAUUCAUACUCUCCCCCAGACUUCUAUACCAAGGUUGGGAUUGCUGGAGUGCCUGCUGAUGAAGUGAUGAAGAAAACAAAGAAAAAGGAGGACAACUGGACGCCUGUUUGGGAAGAAGAGUUUACUUUCCCAUUGACAGUACCUGAGCUAGCCUUGCUGCGAGUUGAAGUGCACGAAUAUGACAUGUCCGAGAAGGACGAUUUUGGAGGCCAAACAUGCCUUCCGGUCUCGGAAUUGAGACCAGGCAUUCAUGCAGUUCGCCUCCGUGAUCGCAAAGGAGACAGCUACAAUUCAGUAAGGCUCUUGAUGCGCUUCGAGUUUGUUUAAGUGUGUGUGUGUGUGUUUUGUACUCUGUUUUCGUAGUGCAGUGUGUGUAUUCUUUUCCACUGUAUAUUCCUCGGCUUUUCGUGAGAGUGAUGUGUUUGCGCGCGCUUGCAUGUAAAAUUUGAAAGAACCCAGGAAUUUGGGAAACAGAAACUGAACAACUGUUUGUUUGUUCUUAUUUGAAUACCACAACACUUCUUUUUAAAACACUAUAGUAUCCCUCUAUUGUUAGACUACUUCCAACGCAGGCCCGUCCACCCCGUUCAUAGCCGACGUGGCCUGCGUCCACCUGAGAUGCGGUGAUGUUGGAGUCGUUU